UCAGUAUGUGCUUGUUAACUUUAACUUACAGUAUCAAACAUGACUAGCUUUGAGAGCUGAAGCUACAUUUAUCACAGAAAAGAAAGGAAAAAGAGUUUGUAUACCAGAUCAAAGAUAAUUCUGUUUUUCUGCAUCCUUAGGUGAGACGAAAUACUUAAAAUGACAUAUCAGAACCAAAGUAAAAUUAGCUACUUUAAUUGCAGCAAUAGCGACGGUUUAAAGUGAAAUACUGUGAACCUCUGAGCAAUACUUACAAAAAACGGCUCUCUGUGGUUUCUCUUCAGUUUAAAGAGAGGAAGUGGCAGUAACCACUCCUGGCUAUGGUUUUUUUCAAAGCAAAACUGACUUGCAGUCUUGUUCCAGGAUGCUUUUGAUGACAAUAUGUUUUGCCUAUUUUUUGUGGGGAAAAGGUAAAUCAGAUGACACGCAUACAUUUAAAUCCAUGGAUUGUUUUAAUAUUCCCAAAGCAGAAACUGCUGCAAUAACAAACGUACCUGCAGUUUUAGAAAUAUAAUCCUGCCGAGUUAAUAUUUUCAAACGUACCGAGAAAACUCCAUAAAACAGACGUGAUCCCCAUUCUGAAGGAGCGGGAAAUAUGCCCUCCUGUGUCUGUGGCAAUUGAAAGAAAUUUAGUGUAACAUUUUAAUUAAAAUUUGACUGAAAGAGAGGCAGACCAGCUUUCUUCUAUUGGAAAACAUACUGUAGACUUACCGUAGAUACUGUUAAUCAAUAACACCUAGAAUAUAUGGAUGAUUGAUGGCUCAGCAUAUCGUAAGGCCUGGUUUCUCCAACAUUGUAGAAGGGAAUAAUGUAUAGGGCACUGGCCUUGUAUGUGGGAGACUGAAAGAUCAAGUUCCAAUCAAAUAAAAAUUGAUUUUAUUAAUUAAAUAAGGUACUGGACAUACUUUAUUGACUGAUAAACUACUUUAAAUCGUGCUCUGCAGUUAUUUGUAAAAGCAGCAAAUGAACAAAGCUGAAGAAGCUCCAACUGAAACAACCGCAUAGAUUGAUAUGGACUUCAAUCAUUAAAAAUCAUCAUUAUGUAUAAAUGGGCUGAAGAUCGAUGAAAAAGAAGAAUUGAAACUGCUAAUUCAAGUUUUUUUUUUUAAGAAAGCAUUUGGUUUAGAGGUAUUUGCUCUUAUACAGCACCAGUAAUUUCUAAGCUAGUGGGCUGCAGGGAGUGACAAAGACACUUUGCAGAGCCGUGCAGAGAUGUUGUACGUGGUUAAAAGUGUUGCCAGGCAGGAAGUGUGUCAGUGCUGCCGACAACACGGACAAGAAUGGCUGUUGGUGAAAGACUGAUAUUUCUGUGUGCUCUGGGCUACUUUGCUUCUUCUCAUGGAUUUCUGUAUGGGCAAAGUCAGACCACACCUUCCAAACCUGGAUCUGCUGAGCAUGUCAGUAAGAACGACCCAGGAGUUCAAAAAGCUGUAAAAAUAUCCACCUAUGCAUUCAACAACAAAUCAAAUGAUAUCUAUUUGUUCAAGGCCUCUUCCAUUGAUGACGCACAGAAACAGGUUGUAAAAGGAAUAAAGUACUUUCUAGAGGUGAAGAUCUCGCGUACUGUGUGUCGCAAGACAGACCACCCAAGUCUGGACAACUGUGACUUUCAGCCACAUGGGAAACUGCACCAGACAUUUCGCUGCCAUUUCGAAGUCUGGGGCAUACCAUGGCUCAGCUGGAUGAAAGCCACCUUUUUUCUGUGUCUGCCCUGAGAGCUGCAGCUGAAGCUACUGCAGAAGAGAGAAGAGCUUCCUCUGGAGUACCUGUUAACAUGUACCAUACACAUUUAUUCAGACAGUUUGGAGUGAAGACCUUUCAUGAAUUUAUUCAAAGAAACACGGGAAUUGCACUAUAAAGGAUUUUUAUAAACUGUAACCUAUCUCAAGAGGGAAUAUUUUAUGAGGGGUUGGAGGGUUUCUUGGUUCUGCUGGUAAAAAAAAAACUAUUUAUGUAAUUUAAAACAUAACCACUAGCAUACUGUACAUUAUAAUCCAACUUUCAUUUUUCUUUGCAAUACAAAUAAAAGCCAAAGCGAAGAACAUUUUGUUUCUACAGUACUUUACUGCAGUAAUGUUAACGGUCCCUCAGUAAACUGGUGCUGCUGGGAACACUGCCGGCUAAUGCAUUACGACCCUGGGUACAGUUUUUUUUGUUUUAAAUGAUGUUCUUUCAGACACCCUGGAAUGAAUAUAAAGAUAAAGAAUGCGUGCUUUACAAAGUACAGGUUGUGUUCACUGCUG